AUGUCUUCUCCCGGCGAAUUCUAUAACUCACUUCCACCAAUAACCAAGGUUUAUGGUACUCUGUGCCUCCUGGCUACGACAGCCUCUCAUCUGGGCUUAGUUAGUCCUGUUCACAUUGCAUGGGUUCCUCAACUUGUGAUUCAGAAGUUUCAGGUCUGGAGGCUGAUAACAAACUUGUUUUUCCUUGGUGGUUUCUCUAUCAAUUUCGGAAUACGGCUUUUGAUGAUAGCAAGAUAUGGAGUUCAACUCGAGAAAGGGCCAUUUGAAAGGCGGACGGCUGACUUUCUGUGGAUGAUGAUCUUUGGAUCCUUGACUCUAUUGGUUGUAUCAGCCAUACCAUUUUUCUGGACACCGUUCCUUGGAGUUUCGCUUGUAUUCAUGCUUUUAUAUCUCUGGAGCCGAGAAUUUCCAAAUGCUAACAUCAGUUUAUACGGUCUUGUGACUCUUAAGGCUUUCUACCUCCCGUGGGCAAUGCUAGCACUCGAUGUUAUCUUCGGUUCUAAGAUCAUGCCAGAUCUUCUUGGAAUCAUAGCCGGGCAUCUAUACUACUUCCUAACAGUUCUCCACCCUCUUGCCACCGGGAAAAACUACCUGAAAACCCCAAAAUGGGUGUAUCCUUGA